GCCUUCGUUCGCGCGAGAGAUAGCGAUGAACCAAGCCACGGCGGUGGUGAUCGCGAGCGACGACUUCUGCCUCGCAAACGACAUGGCCAAGGUGCUGUCCUCGCGGACGUUCCGGUGCUUCACCUCGAAGGAUGUCGUGGGCGUGGAGGUGGGCGGAGCCGUCAAGAACGUGAUCGCUCUUGCCGCCGGCAUGUGCGAGGGGCUCGGCUUGGGCACGAACGCCAUGGCAGGCCUCGUCACCCGCGGGUGCGGAGAGAUGCGUCGGCUGGCCAUCAUCCUGGGGGGGAAGUCCCGCACCCUGUCGGGCUUGAGCGGCGUGGGCGACACGUUUGGCACCUGCUUCGGCCCGCUUAGCCGCAACCGGAACUUCGGCAUCCGCCUUGGGAAGGGGGAGAGCAUGGAGGAGAUCCUCGCCAGCAGCACAGAGGUUGCGGAAGGGGUGGACACGGCUCUGGCACUGGCGGACCUGAUCCGAAAGACCGACAAGUCUUACCGCAUCGACCUCAAAUACGCCAUCAUAUUCGGAGUGGCGGACAUCUUGAAGGGGACGCGAUCUCCUAAGGAGGGCCUAGAAGACCUCAUGACCAUGCCGCUUAAGGCCGAGAUGUACGACCCGUGACGCUUCGCGACCGCCGCCGCGCCGCACCCCUCGCCGAGGAAGAGCCAGCCAGAGCCAAUGGCCCGAGGGAGAUGUGUUAACACCACUGUUGUGCGCGUGACGCUCUUCCGGCAAUAGGACAGGUGUUGUAGGAGUGGAUGUUUCCGACAGUAGGACACGGGGGUAAGGUGACAGGAGAUGACACGAUCCCACAAGAGUCGCGAGGCGAGGGGGGAGAGCUUUGGGCGAAACCGCCAGAAUAUGGGACGGUCGGUUGCUCAACACAAAAUGUCUUUAGUUGGGGGGGGAGGGGGGGCGUACAGAGAGAGAUAAAAAGAAUCACAUGCCUGUGGCAAGAUGGCCAACCUCCGCUUUGCUCCCUCCACCAGAGCAAGUUCCCGGGGCGCACACAUCCGCUGCCUCAUAGAUAUGCAGUCGCUGAUAGAUACGUUCAAGUAGAUCCGCGUUGUUGCUUUGCAGCAUCGUAUGCAUAAGUACUCGUGCAACAGAACGAGCGGAUGUUUUUUUUUGUUUGCUUGUGUAUUGUUGAUUCAAGCAUGUCGAGCGGCUUGCUAAGGUCGUUGUUUGUGUCUCCCCGUCGUGGGAAAUGUGUCCCGCUUACUGCAGCAGCUUGAGCUGAAACACACCUUAGCUUGAGUGUUUGGGUCUGUUGUUGUUGUUCUUGUUGUCAGAGCGUGUUCCCCACACUUGGGGAUACGAGGGUACUUCGUGUCUGUUUCUUCCGAUGUCUCUGUCUAUGUGAUAGGUACGCCCUUUGGCUGUUGGUGGAAUGUACUGCUGUGCUUUGUGACACGCCGUUCCCGUCUCCUGCAGGGGCGGAAGUCAGGCGUUGUUUUAAGCACAUUUCGGGCGGAUAUCUUGUGGUUUGGCUGCGUUUUGCAAAGCCCAGCCCCCGCUAAAGCGCGUCAGGAUGGUUGAUCCCAGUCACGGCUUAGGCCCCAUUUACGCCACAGCACACACGCUAGUCUAGCGAAGUAUUUGCAUCUGAAGAUGGACAUUUUGGAGGGGGAUGUUUGCGUUUGCACUCGAACUGUUUUGCUAGCUUGUUUGAAAAGGGGGGUUGGUGACAGUUUUCGUUAUGCUACGAUUGCCUGUCGUUUCUUUUACUUUAUUUAGUUCCUGUUCGCAGAUAAUCUACGGUUUGGACCCGCCUUAAGUGACACGUAUAGAACUACGAGCUUACGGGGGGAAAGAGGAGAAGGACAGUGAUGCAAAGCCUCCGCCACCGGAUGCGCCGGCACGUGGCAGCACGCGGGGUAGGCCGUGCACAGAGAAUCAAAGGCCAAGAUAAUCAGUUCCCCCUCUGCUUCGUCAUGCGGCGUGUUUGGGGUGAUCAAGUUAGGUCAAUCGCCCCGCACGUUUUCUCGAGCGAGAAUCAGGUUUUUGGGGCCUCGCUUAGUUCGUCGGUACGGUUUUUGGGCCCCGGAGGAUAGAUGCCUGGUCCGACGCAAUGCUUUGUUGUCUUGGCGCGCCCUGCUUCGUUGCCAGAUGUGCGGUUGACCCCAAAGCAUUGCAAGAUGUAUGUUCGGCUUAGAACAAGGCCGUUUUUUCACCUUGAGGUCGAGUUACAGUAGUUGAUAUAUGUUGAGACAUACCUCCAAUAUCAUAUUAAUCGGAGACCUUCGUCCCAAGCUGGCUCCCUACCCCGGUUUGCACCGGCCGGUCAGGCGUUUUACUGGGGCGGAGAGGGGGAAUGGAAGGGAGAGUAGGGGAAAGAGAGGGACCUCGAAGCAAGAUCGGUGUAUGGAGUAGAUACAGAGGGUAGCGUUUAUCUAUGUGAUGUAUGUACCAGUUCUUUGUGUGUGG